AUGAAACAAAAUCGGUCAAUUGAUUUUGGCUUCUUCGAAUAUAAUGAUGUAAAAACAAAAACAAAAACAAAAAGAUUAAAAUGUUUAGCUAUUCGAGAAAUGCCAUGUAAUGCUGAUUUUUCUUGUGUUAUCGAUUUCAACAACUUGAAAAUCAUGUUUGAACAUCUCUAUAUAUUUCACAGAAAUCAGUUUACUUCCAUCAGUACAGAUUGUAAAAGCUGGUAUGAAAAAGAAAAAAUAUUCUUUUCAAAACACGCACUUGCAACAGAUAUUAAAACAACAAAAGAUUUUAUUGAUUAUUUUGAUACAAUUGAAGCACCAUCAGCAACAACAUCAACAUUAACAACACGAGUUAGUUUAUUUUGUCUUCCAUAUUUGUUUAAACCAUAG